AUGGUGGAGCGUUUUCACCGUCAACUCAAAGCAGCGAUCCGCUGUCAUCACAGCCGUUGGACAGAGGCACUUCCGGUCGUCCUAUUGGGGAUCCGAUCAGCCUGGAAAGAAGAUUCAGACGCGACUGCAGCAGAGAUGCUAUACGGUCAACCAUUGCGACUUAUUGGCAAGUUUCUGACAUAUAGAGCUUCUGAGCCUGACGACGUCAACACGGCGAUGUUCGUCAAAGAGCUCAGACAUCGUUUUCAGGACUUGCAACCGGCACACAUCAACCGUCAUGGUGACAAGAGAGUUUUCGUUUUCAAAGACCUAGCAACAGCUGAACAUGUCUUCAUCCUUCACGAUGGUCCUAAGAAACCCCUGCAACAUCCUUAUGAGGGACCGUAUCGAGUCGUUAGCAAAUCAGAGAAAUCGUUUGUUGUGAAUGUCAGAGAAAAAGAUAUCACGGUCUCAAUUGAUCGGCUGAAACCCGCUUACACGCUGUCCAAUACCAUCGACGAACCAGAACACGAUCCUGAAGAUGAUAGAGGCACAAUAGGGGCGCUUCCACCGCCACACGCACUACCUGAGCCACCAGCAGCUCCUGAUGAACCAAGACCACUACGUAUCCCGGAGGUUCCAGCAGCAGUAAACCCACCACUCGCCCUCGAAACUCUUCGCCAAACAAGAUCUGGUCGACGGGUACGGUUUUCUGACCGAUUCCAAGCUGGAUUUUCGUGA